GUUGAUUUUGCUUUCACUCGAUCGACAGAGCUUCUCAUUCUACAUUGUGAGUUAGUUCUUGUACUAUUUAGUUUUUGAACGGCGUGGAAAGGAGCCCUUGGCUGCUCAUUUGUUGCUGGUGAUGAUAUGAAGGAUGCAAAUGUUAUCUUUUGAGGUGUGAGUGUCAAAAAUUGCCUCUGAGAAAUCGAUCCGACGAAAUUAUGACACAUUACAAAAUGUUGCUUUACCUCUUUGAGUGAGUGAUUCGAGUGAGUCAAUACGUUGAAUUUGCUCCAGAGAACGACAAUGGCCUUUUUGAGGUCGGACAUCAUCAACAAAGAGUUAGUGGAUGCUGUGCUCAGUAAAAUUGAGGGAACCAAAAAGGUGGCUUUAGAGACCUUGACAGUUGGACCGAGUCCUUAUGGAAGGGCCACCUUACUAGAGGAGCGCUAUGGUGUUCAAGCCACAGCCAAGAUCAGGGGACAUGCCAAGGAUUAUCAUUGGAUUGCAAAGAUAUUACGAUCUGACGUUGAAAAGUCCAACCACGCCCGAUUUCUGGGCAUUUUGGAGACCGAAUCCAACUUCUACCAACUUCUGGUCCCUGAGCUGACAGCUUUAGGUGCCCCGCUGCCUCAGUUUUACCCAUUACUUCACAGUGAAUACAAAAAGUUGGGACGAGAGAUCCUUUUAUUGUCAGAUAUCAGACAGCUUGGAUUUGAGGCCAUCAAAAUUGACGGCAAAGAUCUUGAUUUGGGUCACACUAUCAAGGCCAUUGAAUGGAUGGCACGCCUUCAUGGACUUGGCUACGUAUUGUUAGCCCAACACCCACGUGGACCCACCGGAUGGAUUGAAGACAAUCCGUGGAUUCGUAAAGAGGAUCAGGAGAGGAAGGAAAAACCCCAAACUGUUCACAUUGACGAAACAGAUGCAGAUGGGUUUCGAUCCCGUCUAAUGGCCAUGGCAGCUCGCGCCAUUAAAUCCCAAACCGAGAACAAUAAGCGAGUGGAUCAGUAUCUGGAGAGGCAGAAUUGGUUGGAUGACCUCAGACAGGAGAUGUGGAGCAAUGAAUCAGCCAGUUCUAAUCAAAUCCCCUUUAGAACAAUUCUCCAUGGGGAACCUUGGCACGGAAACGUCCUAUACCAAUACAAGAAGGACCCCGACCAGCUAGAUUAUCCUUUCACGGCAGCAUUGGGAGAUCUGCAAUCUUGCACAUAUGGACGUCCAGGUUCCGACAUUGCCCAUUUCCUUCUGACGUCGACCACACGAGAGUUCAGGAAGAAAUACUUGGAUAUCGUUCUGAAGGCUUACUUGUUGGAAUUGGAAGACGUUAUCCAAAGUCAAGGAAUGGAUCACGUUCCAUAUUCCAUGCAAGAUCUGUCGGCAGAUUACAAACAAGGAUUGGUGUUGGGGAUCACGUUCUGUUUGUUCGCCAUGCCAAUGCUUUCGGAUGAGCAAGUGGAUGGACCAGUUCAAAUUGGUGACUAUGGUGAUGAAGUAGACUCGGCGGAUGCCUUGAUUACUCCAACCAUUGCGAAUAAAAUCUUGGAGGGGAUUCAAGAGGUUCUCGAAUAAAAUCAAAGCAAGUGAAAUGUGGAUUGCAAAAGUUGACAAAAAGGAGCAGAAAAUGAAUUUUUCAUAUUAAGGUGUUGUAACAAGUUUGACACCGGAACACAAUAAGUUUCAUAUGCAUUCAGAUUUGUCCAGCGCUGAAGGUCUUUGACGAGGGAUGUAAUGAUUCGAGUUGCUCAAAAUGCAAAUAAAAAGUUUAGAAUGUC